AUGUUGCAACUCCUUGUAUUCAUCACCUUCAUUGGUGCCUCAUUGGCUUCGUAUGGGGCCAAUCUGAACUAUCGCUCUCCUUCUCUCCAUCAUCCUGGUCUAGGAAUCUCCGUACGCAAGGUUGUCAAGAGACAUGUUGAGAGACAAGCGACCCCGGCUUCACAGCUGAACUUCACCCAUGGAGUAGCUUCUGGUGACCCGUUCCCAAACAGCGUGAUUCUGUGGACCAGGUGUGCUCCUAGCUCCGACAAUGUUAGGAGCAAUAGUACCACAAGCGGCUAUGUUCCCCUCUACAACCCAGUGCCCAUCUACAACGACACAGACGAGGUCAAACCGCCGUCGACUGCCCCAGUCUGCCUGAACUGGAAAAUUGCCGGUGACAGCGCCCUGUCCCAAGUCCUCGACCAAGGCACGGUAUAUACCAGCUCAGACGUCGACUACACUGUUAAAGUCGAGGCUGGAAACCUCCAGCCGUUCACUCAAUACUACUAUCAAUUUACUGUUUGCAAUAGUAGCGUUUCUAGCAUGGUCGGCAGAACCAAGACGACCCCGUCCCCCACUGAUGACACGGCUGCAGUCAAUCUGGCCGUCUACUCUUGCAGCAACUACCCGUUUGGCUUCUUCAAUGCUUACGGCAACCCCGUCCGCAAGAACUCGGUCGAUUUUGUUCUACACCUGGGCGACUAUAUCUACGAGUACGCCAACGGUGAAUACGGCUGGGGUCAAACAAUUGGGCGUGUUCCGCUUCCUGACAGACAGAUCUACACCCUUUACGACUAUCGCAAGCGCCAUGCCACAUACCGGACCGACCUGGAUUUGGUUGCCAGCCACCAAAACUUCGCUUGGAUCCCUGUGUGGGAUGACCAUGAAGUCGCCGAUAACACCUACCGCGACGGCUCGUCGGAGCUCAACAACACCGAGUCCUCUUUCAUCGAAGACGGCGGUGUAUCGGUGGAUCAGCGCAAAAUGAACGCGGUGCGCGCCUACUUCGAAUGGAUGCCCAUUCGGCAGGUUGAAAUGGGAGACGAUCUCCGAAUCUGGCGUUCAUUCUCGAUCGGCAACCUCCUCGACCUCAUUAUGCUGGACACUCGCCAGUAUGACCGCUCCAUCACCGACCUCUACUGGAACACCGACUACAUCCACGCCCUCGCCAACGACGCAGGCCGCACAAUGAUGGGCUCGCGUCAAGAAAAUUGGUUCUACAACCAACUCAUCUCCUCCAAGAACCGGGGCGCGACUUGGCGCGUGAUUGGCUCCCAGACGGUCUUCAGCCGCAUCAACGAGUCCGUCGCGUACGGAAACGUCAAUCCACUCGACUACGACGCGUGGGAUGGGUACCAGGCCAAUCGAAACCGGACGUAUCAGAUCCUGUAUGGCAACAACAUCACCAACAACAUCAUGAUCUCGGGCGACAGCCACGCCAACUGGGUGUCCGACCUCGUCUGGUUAGACAACCACCCCUACGACCCGGCCACGGGCCAAGGGGCGAUCGGCGUGGAGUUUGGCGGCACAGCCGUCUCCUCGCCGUCACCGUAUGGCGCUAACAUCUCGAUCGCCCGCAGCGUGCAGGCCUCUGAAUGGCUUGUCGGCGCCAACAGGGAAUUGCAGUGGCAGGAGGUGUACUACCGGGGAUACUUUGAAUUGCACCUCACCCAGCAGCAAGUGCAGGCGCGCUACUUCGGCAUGCCGACCGUGGUGAGUCGGAAUCCGAAUGAGAUCUCCCUUGCAAACUUCACCGUCGUGGCUGGGGAGAACCAUCUGCACCGGUUCAAUGGCACAGUGGUGAAUUCGCCAGUGGAGAAUGGCUACGUCAAGUUUGGGCAGGUGAAGCAGACAAACUUGACGAAUGCGACGGAUACGGGCCGGUACUUUAUCAGUAAUGCAACAUUGGAGGUGCUGUGA